AUGAGUUUUAGCAUUGAAGAAGUUCGCGCUUUCAAAUCCUGGAAAUUAUAUGAAGUGACCCUCCACGAUCGCGUGGUUGAAACCACCGUGACCUCGUCAGCCAAAGUGGCAGGUGGCUGGAUCAACAAUCACCUUCAAGCACCAUGCCACCAUCACAAAAAGAUCGUUGGCCUAGACAUUGAAUGGCGUCCAAGCUUCACCAAAGGUGUCCAAAACCCUGUUGCAGUCCUUCAGCUAUGCAUCCGCAAGUGCUGCCUCAUCUUCCAAAUCUACCAGGCUUCUCACAUUCCUCGUUCUCUUCGCAAGGCUCUCAAAAACCCCAACAUCACUUACACUGGAGUUCGUAUAAGUUGUGAUGUAAAGAAGCUUUGCGGGGAUUAUGAUUUGGAGGUAUCAUCUGCUGUAAAUGUUGCUUGUUUGGCUGCUAAUGAGUUCGAGGAUAAGGAGUACAAGAAAGCAGGAUUGAAGACUCUGGUGGAGGAAAUUAUUGGGGAAGAGAUGGAGAAACCAAAGCAUGUUGCUAUGAGUAAAUGGGAUGCCAAGAAUCUUUCUUUUGCUCAAGUCAAGUAUGCUUGUGCUGAUGCUUAUUAUUCAUAUAAAUUGGGAAAGAUACUGACUGAUUUCUGA